AAAUGGCUUCUCCCCACCCCGGGGGCGACCCGCCCAGCGGCAGCGGCAACGUAGACUCCUCUAGUACGCAGUACCCAUGGCUAUCUACGAGGAGGUGAGCGUGUCGGGCUUCGAGGAGUUCAAUCAGGCUGUGAAGCAGCACCUGGGCAAGACCAUUUUCGCCUACUUUACGGGUUCUAAGGAUGCCGAAGGGAAAAGCUGGUGUCCCGACUGCGUGCAGGCGGAACCAGUUGUUCGAGAGGGGCUGAAGCAUGUUAGUAAAGAAUGUGUGUUCAUCCACUGCCAAGUAGGAGAAAAACCUUAUUGGAAAGAUCCAAAUAAUGACUUCAGAAAACAACUGAAAGUAACUGCAGUGCCUACACUAAUUAAAUAUGGAACGCCUCAAAAACUGGUAGAAUCAGAGUGCCUUCAGGCCAACCUUGUGGAGAUGCUGUUCUCUGAAGAUUAAAUUUUAAUGAUGGCAACUGUAUCUUGAUUUCCUGGUUUGCUCUAGUAUAAAUAAUGACUUUAUUUUAGCAGUAAAUAAAUGAUAUGAAAAUUUGCAUUCAAUUUAGCAGUAAAUAAAUGAUAUGAAAAUUAGCUUACGUCUAAACAAUAAAGAAUGCUUUUU